UAUUGGACUUUUAUUCUGAAAAACGUCCAAUGGCUGCAGCAGUAGUGCGCACACAUGAUAUCACACCGGUGUGGCUAGCUGUAUCUAGAGGAUUUUAAAGAAUAUAACAUCCAGCUGUCCUUUAAAAGCACUUUCUCGUUUUCAUCGCGGAUCUGCGGAAGCAUGCGUGUGUUUGGAGCGGUGUUUGAGCGCGCGGUGACCGCCUGUCAGUCAUCGGCUCUGCUGUGCGCGAGACUCUUCAGCACAGGAGCGUGCGCCAGAAUACGGAUGCACGCGAUUCCCAAACUGAAGGAUGUGGAUCGGUGGACGGAGAAGAGGAGCAUGCUCGGAGUCUAUGACAACAUCGGGAUCCUGGGGGGUUUUAAAGCUCAUCCCAAAGAGCUGAUCCGAGGGCCGCUGUGGCUCCGGGGCUUCAGAGGAAACGAGCUCCAGCGGCUCAUCCGGAAGAAGCGCAUGGUGGGGGACCGGAUGAUGGGCGAGGACAAGCACAUCCUGGACAAGAGGAUCAGCUUCCUGUACCGCCGCUUCAACAGAUACGGCAAACACCGAUAGACGUCAGCCGGCAUCUGUACGGACGUGGAUUCACUUGGUGUUCAUUUAUCUGUAAAAGUAUCUUAAUGUCUUCAUCCUUACGAAAGAUCGGGCCCAAACGCUGGAGAUACAUUAAAAAGAUUUAUUACAAAAAACAAAAAAGGGUAGUCAUGAUUUCUCAACAGAAGCGGUGAUGUGAUGCAUGCUUGGGGUGUGGGAUCAGUGAGACGGGGGAGCAGGGCUGGUGCAUCCUGGGAACUGAGCCUCCGACUCCAUCUGACGGGAACCAGCAACACACACACCAUUACCAACCAUCCGCGAAGACCACUGUUACUGACACUCAUACAUUAAAGACAUUAGAUGCUCAGACAUUAAAACGAUCAAAAGUGACAGUAAAGACAUUUAUAAUGCAAAAAAAAAAAAAAAAAUCUAUUUCAAAUAAAUGCUGUUCUUUUGAA